CCUGCGCGUGCUCGCUUCCGGUAUUGAGUUUCGUACUUGUGGUUGUUGCUGUCUUCCCUGCUGGACUUUUGAUAGCUGCCUCUGGUCUCGUGUUGUAUUGGAGCAGUUGAUUUAACAGCGCAGCGAUGGCGACGAUGGUGGACAACAGAAGCAUUGACCCUCUGAACGGGCCAGACGCCGCGGCAAGGCAACACGCACAGGCAGUCAGCAGAAACUACCUUUCACAGCCGAGGCUAACCUAUUCUACUGUAUCAGGGGUGAAUGGGCCUCUUGUAAUUUUGGACCAUGUUAAGUUCCCAAAAUAUGCCGAGAUAGUGCGCCUCACGCUUCCUGAUGGUACCAAACGGAGUGGGCAGGUGCUAGAAGUCAGUGGGAACAAAGCCGUUGUCCAGGUUUUCGAAGGGACAUCUGGAAUUGAUGCAAAAAAAACAGCUUGUGAGUUUACAGGUGACAUUCUUCGCACACCAGUUUCUGAGGACAUGCUGGGUCGUAUUUUCAAUGGUUCUGGGAAGCCCAUUGAUAGAGGGCCUAUUGUACUUGCCGAAGAUUAUCUGGAUAUAAUGGGCCAACCAAUCAACCCACAGUGUCGUAUCUACCCAGAGGAGAUGAUUCAAACUGGCAUAUCCGCUAUUGAUGGAAUGAACAGCAUCGCUAGAGGCCAAAAAAUUCCCAUUUUUUCAGCUGCUGGACUACCCCACAAUGAGAUUGCUGCCCAAAUAUGUCGUCAGGCUGGCUUGGUCAAGAAAUCUAAAGAUGUCACUGACUACAGCACAGACAACUUUGCCAUUGUGUUUGCAGCAAUGGGUGUCAACAUGGAAACUGCUCGUUUUUUUAAAUCUGACUUUGAGGAGAAUGGGUCCAUGGAUAAUGUCUGUCUGUUUCUAAACCUUGCAAAUGACCCCACCAUUGAACGCAUUAUUACACCACGUCUUGCUCUGACCACAGCAGAGUAUCUGGCUUACCAGUGUGAAAAGCACGUAUUGGUUAUUUUGACUGAUAUGAGUUCUUAUGCUGAGGCCUUAAGAGAGGUUUCCGCAGCUCGAGAAGAAGUGCCUGGUCGCCGAGGUUUUCCAGGUUACAUGUAUACUGACUUAGCCACUAUUUAUGAGAGAGCUGGACGAAUAGAAGGAAGAGGUGGCUCCAUUACUCAGAUUCCCAUACUGACAAUGCCAAAUGAUGAUAUCACCCAUCCAAUUCCUGACCUGACUGGAUACAUCACUGAAGGACAAGUUUACGUUGACAGGCAGCUACAUAACCGACAGAUAUAUCCCCCUAUCAAUGUACUUCCAUCACUUUCUCGACUGAUGAAGUCUGCUAUUGGAGAAGGGAUGACUCGCAAAGAUCAUUCUGAUGUCUCUAACCAACUGUAUGCAUGUUAUGCCAUCGGUAAAGAUGUCCAAGCUAUGAAGGCAGUGGUGGGAGAGGAGGCCCUGACACCAGAUGAUCUCCUUUACUUAGAGUUUUUACAGAAGUUUGAAAGAAACUUUAUUGCCCAGGGUGCCUACGACAACAGAACAGUUUAUGAAACCUUAGACAUUGGUUGGCAGCUACUUCGAAUUUUCCCCAGAGAGAUGCUCAAGCGUAUCCCACAAAGCACUAUUGCCGAAUUUUAUCCAAGGGAUUCAGCCACUCGGCUUUGAAAGAGGAGACAAAUGGGUAUUUGCUGAAAGAGAAAAUGGCAAUAAU